AUGGCCGCACUCCGCCUCCCCGCCCCGCCGGCGGCGAGGUGGUCCCACCUUCCUUCCGCCUCCGCCGCCGCGCGUCGGGUCUCGCCCCCUCGCCAUCUCGCGGCGCGGCGGGCCAAGGGGGAGGACACGCCGGAGCCGCCGGUGAGGACGCUGCUGAUCAACAACUACGACAGCUACACCUACAACAUAUUCCAGGAGCUGUCGGUCGUCAACGGCGUGCCGCCCGUGGUCGUGCGCAACGACGAGUGGACGUGGAGGGACGUCUUCAACCGGGUGUACAAGGACCGGGCCUUCGACAACAUCGUCAUCUCGCCUGGCCCUGGAUCUCCGGCUUGCCCCGCCGACAUAGGUGUAUGUCUGCGCAUACUUUUGGACUGUGGAGAUAUACCCAUCUUGGGUGUCUGCCUUGGCCACCAGGCCCUGGGAUUUGUACAUGGUGCUAAGAUUGUUCAUGCUCCAGAAGCUAUACACGGGCGACUCAGGCAAGGCCUUGAAUUCAUUGAAAUUGAGCAUGAUGGAUGCUACCUCUUUAAUUGUGUCCCAUCAGGUAGAAACUCUGGCUUCAAGGUAGUGAGGUAUCAUUCACUUGUAAUAGAAUCUGGUUCUCUACCUGAUGAUCUUACAUCAAUAGCGUGGACUGCUUCUCCAAAUUUGCAUUCUUACCUUGAAAGUGGCCGAAGUAAUGUCAGCACCUUCUUGGGAUCAUUGGACAACAACUUUAUGACAAACCCUCUAGAGUACAGUUACAAUGAUGGGGAACUAUCCAGCAUAGGACAUACUAGUGAGUCAGAUGAUGGCAGAGUUAUCAUGGGCAUCAGGCACUCUAGCAGGCCUCAUUAUGGAGUGCAGUUUCAUCCAGAGAGCAUUGCUACUCAUCACGGAAGACAGAUUUUCCGAAACUUUAAGAAGAUAACAGGAGAUUUUAGAUUGUGCUCAUCAUGGCUUCAGGAAAGAAAGGUUCACAGUAUUGGUAAACUGGAAAAAUCUCAAGUCAAUUCUGCAAGCCAUCGUGAUUCUAUCCCUAAGGACUUGUGUACUGAAAGAAUGGAACUUUCGGAGCCUGUACUUGGAAAGAGAGGCAUUGGGAAAAAGUGUUUACGAUUACGAUGGAAGAAGAUUGAAAAUUUCCUUUGUCCCACAGUUGGCUCUGAAGACAUAUUUGGGCUGCUUUUUGGCCAUCAAAGCGGUGAAGACACGUUUUGGUUGGAUAGCUCAUCAGUCGACCAGAAUAGGGCACGUUUUUCAUUCAUGGGUGGCAAAGGUGGGUCCCUGUGGAAGCAAAUGACAUUCCACCUAUCUGGUCAAAGAGCCAAUUGUGGAGGAACGCUUAUUACCCAAGAUGCUUAUGGAUAUACUGCGAAAAACUUCAUCAAAGAGGGCUUCUUGGAGUUCCUUAACAGGGAGAUCGAGUCCAUUCAAUACAAUGAGAAGGAUUACGAAGGACUGCCCUUUGAAUUCUAUGGUGGCUUCGUUGGAUAUCUAGGGUAUGGUCUUAAAGUGGAGUGCGAUGCAUCAUCUAACAAGGCCAAAUCAAGUACUCCUGAUGCAUGCUUCGUCUUUGCUGAUAACACUGUGGUGGUUGAUCACAGUAAUGGUGAUGUGUAUAUUUUGUCACUGCAUGAUGAAUUUUAUUCUAGUAAUGGAGAUGGGAUAUGCAAAAAUUCAACACAUACUUCAUGGUUAGUUGAGACUGAGAAGAAGCUUCUCAGGUUGGGUGGUAUGUCCCCAGGAUCACCAAUUAAUGGGAAGGCAUAUGCUAGAUCAUCCAGUGUGCAUAAGCAGAGUUUUGUUGUAGAGAAAUCAAAGGAUCAGUAUAUUAGAGAUGUUCAGAGUUGCUUGGACUAUAUCAGGGAUGGAGAAAGCUAUGAGUUGUGCUUAACUACUCAGAUGAAGAGAAGAGUAGACUAUAUAAAUGCGCUCCAACUCUACCUUAAACUGAGAAAACAAAAUCCAGCACCUUAUGCAGCUUGGCUUAACUUCUCCUCAGAAAACUUAAGCAUAUGUUGCUCUUCUCCAGAAAGGUUUGUGAACCAGGGGAGUGUGCAUGUCCCUCGUCUCAUGGAUGUAGAAUCAUAUAAAACUGUCCACACCAUGGUGAGUACCGUCCGUGGGACAAAGAAGUCGAAUCUAAGCCCUGUUGAUUGUGUGAAAGCGGCCUUUCCAGGUGGUUCAAUGACUGGGGCCCCAAAAGUUAGAUCAAUGGAGAUCCUUGAUUCACUUGAAACUAGUCCGAGAGACAACCAUAAGCUAGAUCAUAUAGGCAAGCAAAGGUUCACUGUUUAUGGAAACACAAAAGGCAUUACAAUGGACUUCAGCAAACACCAUGUAUCUGAGAAAUUUGACCUCAGCAAUUGGUGCGUGCUAAUGAACAUUGGCAGUAGGGUUAGGGCAUAUCUUCUUCGCAAAGGCAUGAACAUUCCAAUUCCUUUGCCAAAAGGAAAUAAAAGAGAUGUGAAGAGGAUGUUGAAGUCAGUUCGGAUUCAUGGUGGCAUAUACAGUUUGGUGACAUGGUGUCAACUUAUAGACUAA